AAAGUCAUCUGUCACUCAUCUUCAAUCAUUAAUAAUGUUAUUCAACAGACUGUAAGAACUAGAAUCUCUCAUAUUUAUUAAAGAUGUUCACAAGACGGAACUGCAUUUUUAUAAGCAAUGCAGUUAAUUCAUAUUGCCACAAAUUGAUGUGGGGAAAAUGCAUAAAAUUAAAAGGAGUAUCGAAAUCUGUUUUUGAGAAACGUCAUGUGACUACAAUUGUUGCAGCAAGAGAGUCUUUGAAAGAUUUGGUGGGAGGAACUAAGAAAUUAAUUGGGGUGAGUGAUGAGUCCAGUAAAACUGAGUUGGGGCCGGUGGCAGAGUCUCAAACGGAACUUCCUGUCCGUAGAAUGUCUGACAGUUAUUCUGAGGUCAUUAUUCCAUUAUCCGAUGUUGUCGCCAGGCAGAAGUACCUCAAUCCAAGCUUAAAAGGGGUACGAUUUGGAAGAAUUCUAGAAGAUUUGGACACAUUUGCAGUUUACAUUAGUUAUAAGCAUACUGUGGUGGACAGGUCGAAGAAAGCAGCAAUAUCCAUAGUAACCGCUCUGGUGGAUAGGAUAGAGAAACAGACAGACAUUGUGCCAGAUUUAAAUGUCAAGAUGACGGGAAACGUCACAUGGGUUGGAAAAUCCUCAAUGGAAGUCACAAUGAAACUACAACAGGAGGUGAAUUCUGCAUUAAAUACCAUACUUAUUGCUAAAUUUCUGAUGGUUUCAAGAAAUCCAGCAACUAAAAAGGCAGCAGUUGUAUGUCCAUUGAAACCAGAAACUCCUGAGGAAGAAAAGACAUUUCAGCUUGGAGAAGCAAAUAAGUUGGUGAGACAAGGAGAAGCAAAGAGAAAUCUUCUUAAAACCCACCCCAGUGAGGAAGAGAGAGAAAUGAUCCACCAACUGUUUCUUCAGACUCUGGAUCCUAACUUCCAAACAUUUCGUCAUCGAGUGAAGCCAGAAAACAGUGUGUGGAUGGAGGACACAAUCUUAAAAAAUCUCCACAUUUGUUUCCCGGAGGCCAGGAAUCUUUACAACAAGAUAUUUGGUGGGUACCUGAUGAGGAUAGCUUAUGAAUUAGCCUGGGCUAAUGCUGCCCUCCAUUGUUCUUCGAGGAACUUCAGCCUGAUGAUAGUGGAUGAUAUUGCCUUUCUGAAGUCUGUAGAGAUCAGGUCUCUUCUGUUGAUGUCCUCCCAGGUUGUAUUUACACGGGAUACAAAUUUACAGAUACACGUCCACGCGGAGGUUAUAGACCCCGACGAUGGAACUCGAUCUACCAGCAACAAUUUUCAUUUCACUUUCAAGUGCCAUGAGCCAACCAUACCAACUGUCAUGCCUAAAACCUACGCAGAGUACAUGUUGUACCUGGAUGGAAAGAGACACUUCGAGAGCUGAUCUUCAGUUUGUUUACAGUAAAACACAGUUAUAAUGAACAUGCUUACAAUGAAUUGACACUUACAGCGAAGUGAUCUUAAAUCCCCGUGACUUUAUUAUAUAUUGUAAACUUGAGAGAUGUAACGAAUUACACUUAUAAGUAAAAUUGUCCGUCCCUGGCAUUUCGUUAUAAUAACAGUGUUUUACAAUGUAG